GUUCGGCGAUUCUGCGUAUCCAGGUGCUUUAAGGCGACUUUAAGAGAGUGGCGGCUGAGCGCCUUUAUUUUUGGGCCGAUUGCUGUUAAAUUCCCUCCCCCCCGGGUCAGGAGGAGGAUGAGCGGCGAGGAGGUGAACGCCGAUUUCCACGAGCAGCUCCGGCUGCAGCGGCUGUUGGAGGGCGGACAGGCCGAGGAGGCGCGGGGCCGCGCGAGCACGUUCGUGGACGCGGACGGCACCGAGUUCGAGUGGGACUGUGAGAGGAAGGCCUGGUUCCCCAAGAUCACUGAAGAUUUUCUUGCAACCUAUCAUGCAAACUAUGGUUACGUUGAGGAGAACCCUGAGAAUACUGGCAAUUCUACCACUGAAACCGAGAAGACAGCAACAGUUCUACAAAAGUCUUCACAGAACAAUAUGCCUCAAGGGGACCCUAAAGAAUCAAAGCAAAAAGGGGAGAAAAGAAAAGUGGAUGCAGGCUGGAUUGACGUUGAGGAGCAGAGGAACACAAAUGUGUAUGUGUCUGGACUACCUCCAGACAUAACAAAUGAUGAAUUUGUGGAACUCAUGUCAAAAUUUGGAAUCAUCAUGCAAAACCCUGAAACAGAAGAAUAUAAGAUUAAAUUGUACAAGGACAAAGAUGGAAACCUCAAGGGAGAUGGUCUCUGCUGCUACUUGAAGAAAGAAUCUAUUGACCUUGCUCUCAGAUUUUUGGAUGAAACUGAAUUGAGGGGAUAUAAGCUACAUGUAGAAGUCGCCAAGUUUGAGAUGAAAGGACAAUAUGAUGCCAGCAAAAAGAGGAAGAAAAGCAAAGACUACAAGAAGAAAUUGCUUCUGCAGAAAAAGCAGCUGGAUUGGAGACCAGAAAGAAAACCUGGCAGUUCCCGAUUACGAUGUGAACGAGUUGUAAUCCUUAAGAACAUGUUUCAUCCAAAGGAUUUUGAGGAGGAUCCAUUGGUUUUGAAUGAGAUCAGAGAUGAUGUUCGACUAGAAUGUGAAAAAUUUGGUCAAGUCAAAAAAGUGCUUAUAUUUGAUAGACACCCUGCUGGAAUAGCCUCUGUAGCAUUUAAAGAAGCAGAACAAGCAGAUCAAUGUAUCCUGAUGCUCAAUGGAAGAUGGUUUGGUGGACGCCAGAUAACCGCUGAGACGUGGGAUGGUGUUGUUGAUUACCAGAUUGAAGAAACUGUAAAAGAAAGAGAAUACCGUUUGAAGUCAUGGGAAUCCUUUUUGGAAGGGAAGUCUACCAAUGACCCAAAGACUACAGAGGCAAGUGGUCAAGCAUCUUUAGAAGUCUCAGCUCCUCCAGAGGAUAGCACAGAACGGUCUGAGGACAAUGGAAAGCAAUCAGCAGGCAGUUUACCACCUUCAGAAGAUAACGAAAAGUUAUCAGCGGACACAGUAACGCUGUCAAAGGACAAUACAAAACCUACAGUGGACAGCGCAGCACUUUCUGGGGACCAUAAACACCAAGAUGUGAUUGAUUCUACAUCUGAUACGGAGAAGGCGGAAGAGAUGUGGAUUGAAGAAAAUUUAUCUACGGACAGCAGUAUUGAUGGAAGUGUUGAUGAUGCAGAAGAAGAGCAGUGAGUUCUUACUGGGACCUUGCUUUUAAAUGACUGCUUAAAAACACCAUUUUUAUCUGAAAUAUUGUAGAACACGGCUGGACAUCUGGUGUGCAGGUUUUUAAUUGUCAAGUUGACUGCUUUAAUUGAAAGAAGCUUUAAUAUAGUUAAUAUUUGAUGUCAAAUGUGUAUUUAAGGAUUGUGCCAUUUUAUGCUUAAUUGAGAGAAACCUUUCCCGUCUUAACUUCUUAUCCACUGACUUCAAUAACCGUUCUUCUCUGCUGGGAAUACGUUGAGGUAAAACUGCAAAUAGUUCUCAAUUUUCUUUGCAGUUUCUUCAUCCUUUUUCCAUGCUGCCUGAUAAAGCAGUAUUUUGUUUCUGUAUAGUUUACUAAAUGUCAGCAGUUGUUGGCUGUGCCAUCCGAAUCACCCUUUUUUUAAUAUAAUGUUUAGAAAUUGAUAAAUUCCAGUCAUGUAGGAUGCUGCAGCAGAGUGCAAAGCUUUCCAUGUGAGAUCUCGCGCCAUCUAUCAUUUGAUGUUCCUAGUACCAGGAACCAUGAGUGGUAUUUUUCCCUUUACUUUCUCUCUCUCUCUUCAGUUGAGUUUAUUGAGUUCAUAUUGCCGCAAACGCGUGAAAACAGUGGACAGGAGGUAAUCCACUUCUGCGUUUAGCCUGUCUCUCACAAGCGUCAUGGUAUAUACAUUCUACUAAGUACCUGAAGCCUGUAAUGUUCUGGGAAAGGCAAAACAGUUAAAACCCAACUAAGUUUUGAGGACGCAGGGGUUAUCUCAAUGAGGCAACAGAAACUGUUUUCUAAUCAGACUGAACAGAAGUGCAAUUUUAAAAAUCUCCCAAUACCAGGUUAUAGUCCAAUAGGUUUAUUUGGAAGUACAAGCUUUCACAACGCUGUUCCUUCAGGCAGCUAGUGGGGCAGGAUCAUAGGACACAGAAUUUAUAGUAAAAGAUCAAAAGUGUCAUACAACCGAUGUGAUGUAUUGAACAAACAGAUUACUGUUAAUUCUUAGAAUGUGGCUGUUGGUUUUGAGUGAUUUAAUAUGUAAGUGCAAUUGUACACUUUAUGGCUCAAAACUAUUUGGGGGGGAUACUCCGCCUACAUUUAGGAUCUCUUCUAAAAGUGGUGAAAUUAUUCUCUCUAUAAAUAUGCACCAAGGAAAUAUCCUCUUUCUUUUAAAAGAUGCGAAUGACCCCUCGAUAUAUUUGGAAUAAACUGGAAGGAGGUAACUUCAUUGAGCAGAAGAAACCAUAAUGGCAGUGAAUCAUUCCCUACACUUUGCAUCUUGAGUGUUGCAUGCUGUGUGUAAUCUGGAAGAAAAGUUCAGUUUUAGUGAUUUCAGUUAUUGAACUAUAUUUAGGAUUUAAAAGUUCUUUCCUUCAUCACAUCUAGAUGCAUUUAUUAUAUCAAAAUAUUAAUGUUUGUAAAGUGUCAGAUUUGUUGACUUAGAAACUUCCAGUAGCUGUAGUCUUGUCAGAUUCUGUUCUUCCUGUGAAUUCCCCAACUGUUUCUUUACGUUUUAUCUGCUUGAAAUCUAUUUGCAUGAUAGCCUUUCGCACAUUGUUUCCCAUUUCAGGUUUGUCAUAGCAUGUCUCCUCUGGGAUAAGUUCAAACUUCUGUUUUCUAACUAUUUCCCUGAGCUGCUGGGUGAAACACAUUUAAAGUACCUGUUCCCCAUGCCAUCAGUUUCAAUAAGUUUGAUCAUUUGGUAUGGUAUAGCUCUCAAAAGCUCCUGAAAUAACAUCCAGAAAAUGUUAGGCAUACUCAGCAAGUCUGACUGCAUUUGUGUCGGUGGUGGGGUGAGAGAGAGAGAGACACACAUUGUUUCAGGUCAGUUAUUACUCUUCAUUGUUCUCCUGAAGGACUGGCCCUAAAAAAAACAUUGUCUUCUCAGAUGCAGUUUGACAUGCAGUGCUUUGACAGCACUUUCUAGGAUGUGCAGUAUUUGUCUUCUGUAUUUUGGGGAAAAAAAACACUGAUUCAUAAGUGAUCAUCUUUUCCACUGGAAUAAAAUUGUACUGAAGAGGU